AACAACCCUGGCAAACAAUCGGCACAAUGACAAGUAAUUUUUAUUUCUUCUGAAAAUUGUCAACUGUUUUGUAGAAUAAGGCAAAGUUUUAUUAAAUUGGUUAAAAGGAAAACAAAGAAAAAAAACAUUGUUUAAUACAAUAUGGCUCGCCGUUAUGAUUCCCGUACCACCAUCUUCUCGCCAGAGGGACGCCUAUAUCAGGUGGAAUAUGCCAUGGAGGCUAUAUCGCAUGCCGGCACUUGUUUAGGUAUUUUAGCCGAGGAUGGCAUUCUCUUGGCUGCUGAGUGCAGAAACACUAACAAACUGCUGGAUGGCAGCAUAUUUGCUGAGAAAAUCUACAAAUUGAACAAUGACAUGGUUUGCUCUGUUGCAGGCAUCACUUCCGAUGCCAAUGUGUUAACCAACGAAUUACGCGUCAUUGCCCAGCGUUAUCAAUUUAGCUAUGGCGAGUCCAUGCCAUGCGAACAAUUGGUUUCCUAUCUAUGUGACAUUAAGCAGGCCUAUACACAAUACGGCGGUAAACGACCAUUUGGUGUAUCUAUUCUUUAUAUGGGCUGGGACAAACACUACGGCUAUCAGUUGUACCAAUCCGACCCCAGUGGAAAUUAUGGCGGCUGGAAGGCCACCUGUAUUGGCAAUAAUUUCAGUGCCGCUAUAUCGCAACUAAAGCAGGAACUUAGUGAAAACGAAAAGAUAACCUUGGCCCAAGCCAAAGAUUUAGCUGUGAAAGUACUGAGCAAGACGAUGGAUACAACCAAAUUAACGCCUGAGAAAAUCGAAAUGGCUACACUACAAAGGGUCAAUGACAAAACGGAAAUUAAAAUCCUAACCAAACCCGAUGUUGAAAAAUUGAUUGAGAAAUACACCAAGUUGGAGGCAGAAGCUGAGGCUGCCAAGAAGGAAAAACAAGCUGCCCAAAAACCAUAAAUGAACGUCCAACUAUAUGUAAGGGAUUUCUGCUAAUUGAUUUUGUUUUUCAACUUUUCUAAAUGGACAUUUAGUUUAAGGUUUUUGAGGAAAUAAAAUUUCUGAAUCAAAAAAGUUGAA